GAGCAGGCAGUGAGCAGGCAGGCAGGCAGGCAGCGCAGAAAUGAUUGCCAUGGCCGCGAAUCCCAUGCCACGAUUCCGGACGCACGUAGCUUCAUGGAGCGGCGUGCGUCGUCGAGGUAUAUAAUAUGUGCCGGCGCUGUAACACGGAGCAGCGGCGAAACUUUCUUUGCCUGCACGUAAAGGCCCGGGCAUGGAAGCACCCGCAGCUCGUCGUUGCGCUGGAUCGCUGGGCCGUCGUCGAGAUCCUGCGCCUGAGCCCGAGGCCCGGGCACGGAGGAAGGGAAGGGAAGGGAAGGGAAAGGCCCGAGGUCCGCCGAUCGAUCGAUCGAUCGGAUGGCGACUUGGCUGUGACCGGGAGCGACCGGCGCGGCGAUGGAGAAGCGUCAACGACGGAUUCUCUUCAAUUGCAGCAUCAUCCAUCAUGCGGAUGCGUGGGGGCGACGGCGACGCCGACGCCCGCCAUCUUUUCUGGUGCGCUCGGGAAAAAUGCUCGACCAUCGGCGCACGCUGCGCCCAGAGCUCGGGGCCGAGCGGUACUUAAGUAGGUGGAAGCCGAGGAGCCAGUAGGUGGGAAGACGAGAUCCGUGGCUCCCUCGCUCGCUCGCUCUCUCGCUCGAUCGCGUCCUCGCUUGGCGCGAGAUCGCCAUUGCGAUGGCACGAGGUUGUGUGGCACCGAGUUACCGACAAUGGCUUAUCUACCCGCGGCCGAGGCCGAGCCCGAGCGUGGCCAAGUUUAGACGAGUCUACCUCUCCAGAGCGCAGAGCGCAGUAGCGGAGUAGCGGAGAAUCAAAAACAUUUGCGUCGGCCCAGAGAGAGGAAAUGUGGACUAGCUUGUUCGGCCAAGGGCCAAAAGUAGGUGCUUGCAUGGACGCGAAGAAGGAGAUGCUCGGGACGACUUCAGGUGGAAAAACGUGGUAGGUGGUACCGCACCCUCUCGCGCCUCAUCACGCGCGGGCCGGGUGACAAUAAGCUGCAUGAAGGAAAGCGAUCUGUCGAUCCAUAGUUUUUCUAGGAUUGGCUCAUGUCAUGGCGAUGGCCGUUUGUUUUAACUGUAUGCCAGGGCCUGACGAUCUGGAGUGCGCUUAUUCGACUGCGACGCGCGCGCCCGGUUUUAUACAGUUUUCUGAUCGCUCUCGACCUUUCUUUGUGGCCAUGGUGGAACUUUGGUGGGGCCUGCCGUGACGGCCUCCCCGCUUCAGGCAAGCCUCAGGCUGGAAAGCUUGCCAUGGCUUCUUGCCUGCCUACCUCUCAUGCCUUCGUCUCGGCAAACUUCCAGUGGACCCGAAGGUGCCUGGAAUGUCCCGCCCUCCUCCCCGCCCUCCAUCGCCACAUGACCUUCCCCAGCCUGACAAAAGACAUAUAUGCCCGAUUGUUUCUACAGACCGCACCGAGCUCCAUUCCAUGCCACCACUCCGAACUCCGGCAGGCAGGCAGGCAGGCCGGCCAUGAUCUCAAGCUCUCAAGCAAUUGCGCUCUCGGUCUCUCGAAUCGGAUCCUGGCUGCGCACGAUUUCUCUACUCUUCCAUCGAAUGGUCUGUCUUACAGUCCCCCCUUCCUCUGCUUCUCCACCUAUCAACACACUAUUUCUUGGGACGCCCGACUGCCUGCCACAUCUGAAAUUGCUCUCCUUCUAUCACCCUACCAUCGUGUUCCUGUCUAGGUUCGCAGUUUUGAAGGAUGUACAGGUCAGAAGAUAGAGAGAUCUGCCAUUCGAUCAUUCGAUCAUUCAAACCUGCAAGUCGUUUCAUUCUUUUGGGAUUGCUUCGAGUCGAGCGUUCCUGGGUGGGGAGUGAUAGGUGGAGAAUCAGAAAAACGGGCGUCAGACAAACCAUUAGAUUGGACAGUAGAAUUUUUCCAGGAGCGGCGGACAUGAUCGUGAUCGUGAUCGAUGACAUCGGACAACCUCGACGGGAUCGCGAUUGAGGGUAUGCAGAAGAUGGGUGUCGUCAUGCAGGGUUUUUUUUUGGCGGUAAGGAUUCCGCAAGACAAGAGUUGCAACUUGCCUGAUGUCUGCAGACGAUCGAGCUUCGAUCCAGGUGAUGGUAAAAUUCGUAUCCGAGGCCUUCAACUGAUUUUCGAGCCAAGGCGUGUGUGUAGUCAUACACUUCUACACUGAUGGUGUAGAAGUGUAUGACCAAACCGGAAUUUUUCAAGCUGUAUCACGGAUGCGUACUUGCUACUCCUCGCAGAUUGUUUUGCAGGUGGAGGCAAGUCUGUGCGGCAAGAACACCGAAAGCCUUAGCUCAAAGGGGCUCGAGCCCAAAUCACAUUUAGGACACUGCAACCGCGGAUACGAGGUCAUACACAAGGUGCCAGGUGAAUGAUGAAGACUUUGGAAGCGCCAGACGGGCCCGGGUUGCGGUCGUUUCCUUGAAUUGGGCUCGAGGGUGCGUGACAACAUGGAUUGUGAAUCGGGAGGUUGCCUGGAUGUAGACCUAGGUAUCUUACGGAGUAACAGGAGCAUAGAUCUUGGCACAUUUCUAGGUACUAAGAAAGCGUGGACAAUUGGCAAGGACUGCAGACCUUUGGUUAAUAUAUUUCACUCCCGAGUUGAGCGUGAUAGACACUGUAGUUCGAGCAUAGCGUAGACCUGCGUCUUUUCAAAAGGCUGUCAAUUAUGUCAAUUAUAUAAAGUGCAGGCUACCUGUCGGGAGC